CAGCUGAAAGAGAAGGUUCGGGUGGAUUCCGCUAUUACCUUUGGUGCUGAAGCAGCUGCUACCUCUGGUAAUAGCAAUAAUAAUGCUUCGAAUGAUGAAACCGUGUCUCGUAGUCUACAAUAUCUGAGCGACGAAGACGACGACCUGUCGGCGUCUAAUUCUGGUGUCGUUGAUCAACUCAAGGCAUUAACCGGUCGUCUUAAUAAGCUUAGCGCUGAAGUCACACGUGUUGGCAACGCCAUUGACGAGGUUAAGGAAUAUAGCUACCAAUUUAAUGUAAAAAUAAUUGGCCUGCCAGAGAAAAGCAGUGAAACCGCAGCUGAAACAAGCGCCCGGUGAGUAAAAUUAUUCCUGGAGAUGGGGCCAGAAGUGGUCUGUCGGACAUUGACAUCGCUCAUCGCGUCCCCUCGAGGCAGCAAAAUGGCGCUCCGAAACCCAUCACCUGUUGUUUGAAGCGAAGAGAACUAAAGAACAGAACCAGUACCGCUUCUGCUGGGCCAAGAAUUCCACUAUUUAUUUAAGUAAGAGUGAGGUUUCCCGACCAAUAAAGAUAACAGACAUUGGUAGUCUACAGCGACUUGCCUCGGAGACCAGACAUCAUCAGUUCGAUAAGUAUCUGCUAUAAUCUACCUUAGUUCUCUAUUCAUGAGUGCUAACGAUCAAAACUCUCGCGAUACUCUAUCUUUAUUGCGUGAGCUCCCAUAUUUUGGGUUAAAUGUAAACUUAGCUAAUGGUCAAUUUAAUAAUUGUUUACCUUCCCAUUUGCCGGCUAAAAAAUACCUAGAAAAACUCUAGCAUUUAUGACCUUAAUCUUUUCAGGCUAAACGCACUUGAAGACCCCAAUCCCGGUUAUAGUCUCUGUAAUAAUCGUAUUUAUACUAGUCAAUGGCAUUCCCCAUAUAGUUUCUACAAAAUUAAAAGUGAACUUCCCAGUCGUGUCAAUGAUUCGAGCUUCUCCCUUUUACAUAAUAAUAUCAGGAGUCUUAACCGAAACCUUGAAAACUUUCAAGUUCAUCUAUUGGACGACUUGAAUUUCGAAUUUUGCAUUAUAGGAGUCUCAGAAACUAAAAUAAUCAGCCGGAAAGAAAUGGAUUUUAAUCCAAGCAUAGCUGGAUAUGUUUUCGAAUAUGUUCCGACACCUCUAGCGUCUGGAGGUGUUGAUUUGUAUAUCAAUGAUUCCCUGAAAUAUACUGUCAUUGAAAACGUAUCUGAUGACGCCUUCUAG